CUGUAGUUAGGGUUCCUUAGCAAUACAAACAUACAUAUAAUCGCGUUUUAACGGACUUCACAUAGCAACGUGACAGUUUUAGGAACGUGAUUUAAACAUGUUCUGUAAAUGUGCGGCACGAGCUUCAAGCGCGCUGCGGCCUGCGCAUCCUCGGUGUGGAGCAUUGAAGCUGUCCGCUCUAAGUGCCACUGUAUCGGCCAGCAGACCGUCCCGGUCCCGAUUGACAUUAAAACGGGAAUCAAGUAACUCUGCCAGUGAUUCCAAGGUUCCUCAGAUACCCUCAUGGGAGCCCAUAGAUGAAAAUCAACUUCCACCCGCAACAAGAGUCUCACCAGACCUAGUGGACAAGUUGGAGAGAUUAGCCCUUGUUGACUUCGACAGUAAAGAAGGGGUGGACUGUCUGGAGAAAGCCAUUCGAUUUGCUGAUCAACUUCAUGUCAUCAAUACUGAUGGUGUAGAUCCAAUGGAUUCAGUUCUAGAGGACAGAGACUUGUGUUUGAGAGCAGAUACUGUAACGGAGGGUGAAUGUGCUGAGGAGCUCCUCCAGCUGGCCAAAAACACAGUAGAGGAGUACUUUGUUGCACCUCCAGGAAACAUCCCACUACCAAAGAGAGAAGAGAGAUCUGCUAUGCUUAAACACUCUGAAUUCUGA